CCAGGGCCCCUUCCCGGCCCGGCCCCUGCCCCGGGGGGCCCCGCUCGGAGGGAAGGCUGAGGAAUCACGUCCACGUUUCGCUCCAGAUCGUCCCAUCUUCCAGGGGGCAGGGAAGGGAAAUGGCUGUGAUGGAGCCAGCUCAGAUGCCGGUGACCUUCGAGGAGGUGGCUGUGUAUUUCACCCAGGGGCAGGGGGCUCUGCUGGACCCCGCUCAGAGAGCCCUCUACAGGGACGUCAUGCAGGAGAACUAUGAGACGGUGACCUCGCUGGGAUUCCCCAUUCCCACACCUGACUUCAUCGCCUGGCUGGAACGAGGGGAAGAGCCAUGGGUCCCGGAUCUCCAGGCCGCCGAGGAAAGGGAGAGCCCGAGAGGUACCUGCACAGGUGAUAGGACAGUGAGUGAGAACAAGGAGGAGAAUCAGCAGCAGAAAGGUCCUGGGAAAGUGGAACCAGAGGAGAGGUUUUUGAGAAGAGCCAAAGGGAAUUUUUACCAGUGCUUGGAACAGGGUGAAGCCUGGGGAGAUUGACACAGAUCAGAGAUGCAGCUUGGAAACUAUCCCGAGAAGAAACUGGAUGAAUCCACUGAACAUGGCGGAGGAUGUAAGGAUCCCAAGGAAACCACAGUGCAACACACAAGUCACAAUGAAGAGAAACCCUACAAAUGCCUCGACUGUGGGAGAAGAUUCCAUUUCGGUGCAAACCUUAUUAAACAUCAGAGAACCCACACAGGAGAGAAGUCCUGUGAAUGCUUGGACUGUGGGAAAAGCUUCAGUGAGAAGUCACAAGUUAUUCUACACCAGAGAGUGCCCACAGGAGAGAGAGCCUAUAAAUGCCUGGAGUGCGGGAAAAGCUUUAAUGAGAGGACACACCUUAGGGCACAUCAGACAACCCACACAGGAGAGAAGCCCUGUAAAAUGCCUCGAGUGUAGGAAAUGUUUUAUCGAAAGUUCAUCCCUUACUAAACAUGGAAGAAUCUACACAGGAGAAAGAUCCUAUAAAUGCCUUGAGUGUGGGAAAUGUUUUGUUGACAGAACAAAACUUACUCUUCAUCAGAGAAUCCACACAGGAGAGAGACCCCAUAAAUGCUUAGACUGUGUGGAACGCUUCAUUCAGAAGUCACAACUCAUUAUACACUGGAGGAUGCACAUAGGAGAGAGACCGUAUAAAUGCUUGGAGUGUGGGAAAAGCUUCACUGAGCAGUCACAACUUAUUCUGCACCAGAGAGUGCCCAUAGGAGAGAGACCCUUUCAAUGCCGUGAAUGUGGGAAACGUUUUAUGCGGCGCUCAGUGCUUAUUACACACCAGAGAACCCACACAGGAGAGAGACCCUAUAAAUGCCUUGAAUGUGGAAAAAGUUUUAGUCAGAGCUCAAAUCUUAUUGCACAUAAGAGAAUCCACACAGGAGAAAGACCCUAUAAAUGCUCAGACUGUGGGAAAACUUUCAGUCAGCACUCAUACCUUACUAAACAUGGGAGAAUCCACACAGAGAGACCUUAUAAAUGCCUUGACUGUGGGAAAAGCUUCAGUAAGACCUCAGAGCUGACCAAACAUGAGAGAAUCCACAAGGGUGAGAGACCUUAGGAAUAGCUUGGCUACAGGAAAAGAUUCAAUUUGACUUCAUACUUCAGUGACCCACACAACAGAGAGACCUGGAAUGUGGGGGAAGGUUCAUUUGGUGCUCCCGGAGUAUCAGCCAUCAUCAAAUCCGCACAGG